AUGCAGAACGAGUGGUUAGACAUAGGAGAUUUUUGCAUCCCAUUAGCAUUAAAAUGGCGCACUUUAAUUUAUGAUUGGUCGCCAGCAUUGCUAAAAUUCUAUCUCAAUGCGUUCCAGAUGACUCUCCCAGAUCAGAGUAAUUUAGUAAGAUGGGGUAAAAGUACCGAAAAAACUUGCUAUAUCUGUGGAAAGGCAGUUGGAACUGCUAAGCAUCUGCUGGUGGGAUGUAAGGUACUCCUGGACAGCGGUCAAUACUCGCGUCGUCACGAUAGGGUUCUAGAAGUCAUACGUGAAGCGGUUAGUCUUUCGGUAGCCAGAGCGCAAAAGGAAAUAACCACAAACGAACGAUCAGUAGGUUUUGUGAGAGAAGGCACUAGGGCUACAAAAUCAAACGUCAAGCCUUACUCCAUCCUUAAAGCGGCGUCGGAUUGGACUAUAAUGAUGGACACGUAUGAAAAACAAUAUAAAAUCCCCGAGGAUAUUUGUGCGUCGGCCUCCAGACCGGAUAUAUUUUUGUUUUCGCGAAUUUUAAAGCGCGUAGUGAUGAUAGAGCUUACGGUCCCUUGGGAAACCAACAUCCCCAAAGACCAUACCAUCAAGGUCAACAAAUAUUACGAGCUCACAAACGAACUCACUCGAAAUAGGUUCGUAGUAGAUUUGUACGCGGUAGAGGUGGGAGCGAGAGGUAUAACAGCGAAAUCUCUCUACAACCUACUAAAGGACUUGGGCUUGUCCAGAACUCACAUUAAUGCAUUCUUGGAACGUAUAUCGAAGGCAGCCCUAGUAGGUUCUUUUCAAAUUUGGUUAGGUAGGGAGAGGAGCUUGGACAGUGGAGGUGAGCGUAUAACGCGCGUUAGUUAA